CAAGCAUAGUCAAUACAGUCAUAAUUCUCUCUAUAUACAGACAUAAACUUAUCAACACAAAUACAUAGAAUGCAGCUUACACUUUUGCUUAUAGUCACUGUAUUGAGUUGCCUGCCAAUCAGCUCUGGCAGAGCGUUGCCUGCUGCUGAUUCCCGUUCCAAACUGAACAUCACGCAGUUGAAAACCUUCUCCAUAUCGCAUAAAGCGAGACGCGAGGAUGCUUCCAGAAAGGAUAUAGAAAUGCCCAUGGAAUUCGAUACACUGCAUAUGCCUUGCGAUAUGGAUUCAUUAAAGUUGGAAGUGCUUAUGCCGUAUAUGCCCAAUCAUUGCAUCUGGCUGUAUAAUCAGCGCUACCAGGAUGAGAAUUUUUAUCGCUACUUCAAGCUUGCUCAACUCGAAUCUUUCUUCUUUGGGCAAUACUUUGAGCGCUACAGACGCUUCGAGGUGGAUCAACAUAUCUUCUAGAAUGAGAAUAUAUAUUUUUAUUGACUUGCAAUUGAUG